AUGGCCACGGCCAACACCAUGGCAGUCUCUAAUGCCACCUCAGCUCCUGUCUCAACAUCUGGAAAUCCUGGUAGAACAGAAGCUCCUGCUGGCACCACUGCCAGUGCAGCCUCUACUCCUGGAAAGGCAGCUGGCUCUUCUACAGGACCAGAAGGAACCGCAGGCAGUGCAGCCUCCACUUCUGGAAAAGCAGACACCACAAACACGACCAGCACCAGUACCAUUACCACAACUACCAGCAUUACCACCAUGGCAGUCUCUAAUGGAAAGUCAGCUGCUGUCUCCCCAUCUGGACAACCUGGCUCUUCUACAGGACCAGCUGGUACCUCAGGCAGUGCAGCCUCCACCUCCGGAAUUGCAGAAACUACCACAACCACCAAUCCAACCACCAGCACCGCCACCCCCACGCCCAACCCCACUAACACGAUUGCAAUCUCUAAUGAAACAACAUCUACUGCCUCCAUAUCUGGAGAAUCUGGCACACCAGCAGAACCUAUUGGUACCUCAGAACGUGCAGCCUCCACUACUGGAAAGGCAGACACCACCACUAGGGCGACCACCACCACUACCACCUCCACCAGCACCACCGUGGCAGUCUCUAAUGCCACCUCAGCUCCAGUCUCAACAUCUGGAAAUCCUGGUAGAACAGAAGUUCCUGCUGGCACCACUGCCAGUGCAGCCUCUACUCCUGGAAAGGCAGAUACGACCACUACCACCACAGCGGCUCCCACGGCAGCUUCUAAUGAAAGCUCAGGUCCUGCUUCUACAGCUGAAAGUCCAGCCUCCACUCUAGGCUCUUCUACAAGCCCUGUUCCUGCUGUCUCCACAGCGGUGAGGGAAGAUGAUGGCACACCAACAGAACCAGUUGCCACCUCGCCCAAUGCAGCCCCCACUUCUGAAAAAGCAGACAUCACAGCCAAGACUAGCACCAGCACCAUUACCACAACCACCAGCACUACCACCAUGGCAGUCUCUAAUGGAACGUCAGCUGCUGUCUCCACAUCUGGUCAACCUGGCUCUUCUACAGGACCAGCUGGUACCUCAGGCAGUGAAACCUCUACUUCUGGAAAAGCAUACACCACCCGGACCACCACCACAACCACCACCACCACCACCACUAUUUCAUUCUCUAAUGAAACAACAACUGUUGCCUCCAUAUCUGGAGAAACUGGCACACCAGCAGAACCAAUUGGUAUCUCAGGACGUGCAGCCUCCACUGCUGUAAAGGCAGACACCACCACUAGCGCCACCACCACCACCAACACCAUGGCUGUCUCUAAUGGAACGUUACCUGCAGCGUCCACAUCUAGUCAACCUGCCUCUUCUACAGGCCCAGCUGGUACCUCAGGCAGUGCAACCUUCACUUCUGGAAAAGCAGAUUCCACUACUACCACCACCACAACAACCAGCACAGCCAACCCCACCACCACCACAACCACCACCAUCCCCACUUCCACAGCCAUCUCCAAUGCAGUUUCUAAUGCAACCUCACCUUUUGUCUCUACAUUCAGAGAAUAUGGUGAAGUACCAGAACCUGCUGUUACCUCAGCUAAUGUACUUUCCACCACUGUGGAAGCAGACAACACUCCUUCCUUCACAACCUCCACUUCUCCUGCAGUUUCUAAUUUAACAUCAGCUGGUUUCUCCUCAUCUGAAGAACCUGGUACAUCAGUAGGCCCUGCAGAUACCUCAGCUGGUUCAACAUUCACUUCUGUAAAAGCAGACAAUACCACUACCACCACAAUGACCACCUCCCUUGCAGUCCCUAUUCCCAAAUCACAUGAUGCCUCCACAUCUGGAGUACCUUUUUCACCAUCAGGAUCUUCUGCUACCUCAACCAUUGCAGUUUCUAUUUCUAGAAUAGUUUACACUACCACUACUGCCACCACUGUGGCCGUGCUUAAUGAAGCCUCAGCUCCUGCCUCUACACCUGCAAGCCUUGCCCCCUCCGCAGUCUCUGCUGAAAGCUCAACUCCUGCUCUUUCCACAGCUGACGCUAAUGGCCUGAGCGCAGUCUCAAAUAUAAUCUCAGCCUCUGUCUCUACCUCUGGAUAUCCUGGUACCACAGCCACAAUAUCAGAAAUCCAGAAGUUUGACGACAGCAUUGUUGACAGGUUAGGAAAGGAACAGGUGGCGUUUUGUGCCUGGCAGGUGGGUGCUCACCAUGAGACACCCCACGGAGGCCUGCCAGACAAACGGAACAGAACUGCAGUCAUUUACCCUUUGGCCCAGAAGCCACGCAUUACUGCUCCACGAUGCACAGGGACAACUGGAAUCUCAGCCAAAUCAAAUGUAGCCACAGGAAGAACCACCAGUAUGCCAGAUUCCACCUCGGUACCACCUGGAGUCACAACCAACCCCAGCACAUCCCAGCAAGUGUGUCCAAGCACGCUGCCACCAGCCCCAGCGUGUUAUGGUCCACUGGGAGAAGAGAAAUCCCCUGGAGACGAAUGGAUAUCAAAUUGUCAUCAGUGUGCCUGUACGGAAGCACAGGCCGUAGAUUGCAAGCCUAAAGAGUGUCCUUCUCCACCCACAUGCAAAGCUGGAGAGAAAUUAGUCAAGUUCAAAUCCAAUGACUCCUGCUGUGAGAUUGGCCACUGUGAACCAAGAACAUGUUUAUUUAACAAUACUGAUUAUUCGAUUGGUUCAUCCUUUGAUGACCCUAACAACCCAUGUCUGUCCUACACCUGCAGCACCACAGGCUUGGUGGCCGUGGUUCAGGAUUGCCCAAAGCAAACAUGGUGUGCAGAAGAAGACAGAAUCUAUGAGUCAAAUAAGUGUUGCUAUAAAUGUAAGAGUAACUGCAGGACUACUCCUGUGAAUGUGACCAUUAAGUACAACGGUUGUAGGAAGAGGAUUGAGAUGGCAAGAUGUGUAGGAGACUGCAAAAGAACCGUCAAGUACAAUUAUGAGACCUUCCAAUUGGAGAAUUCCUGCUCUUGCUGCCGUGAGGACGAAUAUGAGUUCAGGGAGAUUGCACUUGACUGUUCUAAUGGCAGCACCAUCCCUUACAGAUACAGGCACACUACAACCUGUUCAUGUCUGGACCAAUGUGAACAUUCUACUGCCAGUUAA